AUGCAAACACAAGAAGUUGGCAAAAGCCCAAAGAAGAGGAAGGUAGGACACAAGAAAGGUAGUAAGACAAAGAAGAAAUUGAAAAUGUUACAGGGUAAUGGAGAGGAAAAGGUUAGAAUAAACCAAAAAAUGAAAAAGUUAUUCCGCAAAAGGGUGAGAGACUACAAUUCAGAUGAUGAUGAUGAUUCUGCCCCAGUAAUUGAAGAUGUAAGUGGGCAGUUGAAUGACAAAAAAGAAGUGUCUGAUGGACACUCUUCAGAUGAGGAAAGAGAAAAUCAUGGGGAUGUUGGUGAGGAAAAUGAAGUUUCUGAAGACGACGAAAUUGUAAUUCAACCUGGAAUAACAAAGUUCACAGAAGGUUGUAAAGCUUUCAGGAUGGCAUUCAAGAAAAUCACUAAAACGAGUGUUUCCGAUGAUGUAUUGGGUCCUGUAUUAUCAGCACACAAGAAGCUUGUGGUAGAGAAGCUAGCUGAAGAAGAUGUAAAACGGAAGGUGAAGGGGGAGGCAAAGAAAGAGAAACACUUGGUAGGAGAGAAGGGACACGCGAAGCCUGCUAAUUUUUUGGACUUGUAUGAAAAGUUUCUAAUAGGAGUUGCUACAAAAGGAGAUUUCCAAUUUCCCAUGUGUAUUGCUGGGCUUUCAGUGGUCAAGUUAUUUAAUGCUGUCAACAAGUCACAAAAUGCUCAGAAAGGAUUAAAUCCUUCAAGGUCUAAUGAUGCAAAAGCUAUAAGGAAGCAAAGGAAAGAGGCCUUUUUCUCCGAGUUAGGCAACACAUCCCAAUUUACUCGCGCACCUGCUAAGAUUGCUGCAUCUACAGGCCCAGCGGAUGGUGAAGGUCCUGCAUGGGCUCCAUUACGUGAUAAUUACAUGCUAACAAAUUCUAUGUUAAAGGACUGGGAUAAGAUGCCGGAUACAAGGGUAGCAGAUGACUUUGGGAUGCCAGCUGAUAGUUCAUCUGAUGAUGACUAA